AUGCCGUACUAUCACAACCGGGAUCUUCGGGAGUAUCUCAGCAGGGAUGGUAUGAUACUGAAUAUACCGGGUCGUGGCAAAAUAGCUACUUGCAAUGCCUUCUAUUGUGAUCAUUAUGUUCCCAAUUCUCCAAAGAAGCCCAAAAUUUGGACUGAAAAUUGGCCUGGAUGGUUUAAGACUUUUGGGGGGAGAGAUCCACACCGGCCACCAGAAGACAUUGCAUUUUCAGUUGCGCGGUUCUUCCAGAAAGGCGGGUGUGUGCAAAAAUAUUACAUGUAUCAUGGAGGAACAAAUUUUGGUCGUACUAAUGGCGGGCCAUUCAUCACCACAAGUUAUGACUAUGAGGCACCAAUUGAUGAAUAUGGUUUACCAAGGUUCCCGAAGUGGGGACAUCUAAAGGACCUUAACAAAUCCAUAAUGUUAUGUGAGCAAGCGCUGUUGAACAGUGAACCAACUACUCUGUCAUUAGGUCCCAAUGCCGAGGCCGAUGUCUACACUUCUUCAGGAUUUUGUGUUGCCUUUCUGGCAAACAUCGCUGACAAAGAAGACAAGACAGUACAAUUCCGAAACAUGUCUUAUCAUCUGCCUGCAUGGUCAGUCAGCAUUCUUCCUGACUGCAAGAAUGUAGUAUUUAACUCAGCAAAGGUUCGCUCCCAGAGCUCCGUGGUCAAUAUGGUACCAGAAUCUUUGAUACCAUCUGCCUCAUCAUUGGAUAAGGAUCUGAAAGCUCUUAAAUGGGAAAUAUUCACCGAGAAACCUGGACUAUGGGGAAAAGAAGACCUUAGUCUGAACGGUUUUGCGGAUCACCUCAACACCACAAAGUAUACAACAGACUACCUUUGGUAUACAACAAGUAUAAAUGUCGCGGAAAAUGAGGAUUGCCUAAAGGGAGGAAGCCGACCUUUCCUUCUGGUUGAAUCAAAGGGUCAUGGUCUCCGUGCUUUUGUGAAUCAGAAACUUCAAGGUAGUGGUUAUGGAAAUGGGUCGAACGUACCUUUCAACUUCUCUGCUCCCAUAUCUCUCAAGGCUGGAAAGAAUGAUAUCAUUAUUUUGAGCUUGACAGUCGGAAUUCAAAAUGCAGGGCCUCAUUAUGAAUGGAUGCCAGCUGGAUUGACUAAUGUGAAGAUCAAGGGAUUGAACAAGGGGUUAUUGGACAUAUCUGGAUAUACAUGGACCUACAAGAUUGGAUUGGAGGGAGAACAGUUGGGGGCGCCAUUUGGUAUGAAAAGCAUAAACUGGGUUUCGACAACAGAACCACCGAAGAACCAGCCACUCACGUGGUACAAGGCUAUUGUGGACCCUCCAACUGGUAGUGAACCUGUUGGGCUGGAUAUGAUCCAUAUGGGAAAAGGACUAGCAUGGUUAAACGGACAGCCUAUAGGAAUUUACUGGCCUAGGUUAGUCUCCUUUGAGAACCCCUGUGUCAAGGGGUGCGACUACAGAGGCAGCUUCAAGCCAGACAAAUGCGUCACUGGAUGUGGAGAGCCUAGCCAGAGAUGGUACCACGUCCCACGAUCCUGGUUCAAGCCAUCUGGAAACGUUCUUGUUAUCUUGGAGGAGGUAGGAGGCGAUCCAACGAAAGUCACCUUCUCAAAGCGGAAAAUGUCAACUCACUACAAAAAAACAAGAUUGGCUCAAUUCUUGGGUUAUCUGCUCCUCACGUUAUGUCCUCCUUGA